UUUAAACAUGGCGGCUAACAUAGAGAAAUUUUUCCAGGAUUUUAUACUGAAUAAAAUCAGAGAGAUUGAAGACCAGAAUGAAGACAAAACUUCCCCUGAAGGAGUGGGAGAUGGCACUGAACAGUUCGGAGCAGAACAAGAGUCUUCAGAGAGAGACAAACAGGAUAAUGUAAAGUGCAGCGGCUCACCAAAGAAACACAAGAAGCACAAAAAACACAAAAGUAAGAAGAAGAGGAAGUACCGUGAGAAGGAGGAGAGCAGCUCCGAGUCCGGGCCGGAGGAGGACGGAGGAACCAAACUCCAGCCAAGAAAAGGGACACCAACAGAGGCAGACAAGGAGCAAGGUGAGGAAGACCAGAACAAGUCCAGAGGCCACAAGCGGCACUCAUCAGGGAAGAAGAAGAAGAAGAAGAAAAAGAAAAAGAAGAAGAAGAAGAGAAGCAGGAAAGAUGACGACAACUCCUCAGAUUCAGAAGUGGUGUCCAAGCAGAGGGAAGGGGGUCAAAGCGUGUCACCAAGGCGGCGAGUGGAGCUGCCUGAUAUUAUUCCUAAACAGGACAGUUCCAAAAAAGCACUAGGUCAGGAGGGCCUCGGCAGGAGGAGUUCUCGUUCCCGGUCACGCUCACAUUCCCGUUCCGUGAGGAGGAACUUCCGCUCCAGACACCAUUGGCCCAGAUCCAGGACCAGCUCCCCGUCCAGUCCACACCGCCACAGGACCCGGUCCAGAUCCUCAGAGAAGAGGGGAGCUCACCAUGAAUCCAUACAGUCCUCCCACGGUUCUUCAAAAGACCCCAACCCUCCUCCGCUGGACUCAAACCCGACUCAGAGUGCCGUCAAAGCAGAAGAGCGGCAGAACUCUGACCGGAGGGAGAACAAAGCAGAAGAGCGGCAGAACUCUGACCGGAGGGAGAACAAAGCAGAGAAAGCAGACGGAGGAAAACCAGCUGCAGGUUCUGGAACAUCCACGUCCACGUCCACUUCAGCUGAGCAGACCGCUGCACCAAAAUCCCCCCGGCCCUCGGACACUUUAGUGAAAUCACCAGCGAAGAAGAGGAGGAAACCAUCCCCACAGAGGAAGAGAGAAACAAAGUCCUCCAAAAGGCAGAAAAGAUCUCCAUCACCAAGCAGGAGCCACAGGAGGGGGUCCAGAUCCAGGAGCCCCUCGAAGAACAGGAGGUCACGGUCCAGGUCAGGGGGCCGGCGGCCGCGGAAGUCUCGAUCCCCGUCUCCGUCCCGGGGUCGGAGGAGGCCUACGUACAGCCAGAGGGACCGCUGGAAACGAGAGCCGAGUCACUCCCCUGUGCUCAUCCUCCGCAAAAAUAGGUCCCCCAACCGGAAACUGUGCAGUUCCAGCAACAGCCCUCAGCGCAUCAGUGAACUGGAUAAAGAGCAGUUGUUGGAAAUAGCCAAAGCCAACGCUGCAGCCAUGUGUGCCAAAGCAGGACUGCCCAUCCCUGCCAGCCUGAGGUCCACAGUGCCCCCCCUCACUCUACCUCAUGGUAUAGCCAUGAAUGCUGCUAUGGCCAGUAUGACCGCUGCCACCAUGACGGCGGCGCUGACUAACAUGGGCUUGUCCUCUCUUCUCGCCCUGCCCUCAAUCACCAACAAGCCCCCCUCUGGCUCCAACCAACCCACCUCUGCUGCUUUAGAGGAAGUGAAGAGGAAAGUAGCCAAGCAGGCCAACAGCAUCAGCAUCAAGGAGUUCACUGACAAAUGCAAGAUGAUCGUGGACAGUAAAGGAGAGCUGCCGGUGGCGAUACCACAUGUGUCCGAUGAAGAGGAUGAUGGGAAACCUUUCGGAGGGUCAGCACUUCGAGAACAGAAGGCCAUCAGCUUCAGCAUCAACAACGCCACAGUGCGUCCAGCAGUACGCAGUGACGCGGGAAUGGCCAAGGAGUUUCCUGUGUCCUCAGGGUGCCAACAUCGGAAGAAGGAGGGCGAGGGACUUGGGGCCUAUGGAGAAUGGGUUCCUGUGGACAAGGCAUCAGAGAAAGCUGCAGCUGCCGCCAGAAAGGCCCUGACCACCGUUUCCAAGGCAACAGCAUCCCCAUCAUCGUCAUCAGCUGACACGGCGACAGCAGCAGAGUCAGCAGAGGCGGUGGAGCAGAGUGUGACAGAUUCUGACAGCGUGUUCCCUGACCCCCUGCUGCAGCCAGUAGAUAUCUCUCAGGCUGUGACGGACAGAAUCAAAGCUCAGAGGCGAUUGGCUGAGAACCCCUAUGAUGUCAAUGCCAUCUGCAUGCUCAGCCGGGCACAAGAGCAGGUGGAUGCGUGGGCCCAAUCCAACACUGUGCCUGGCCUGUUCACCGGUUCCACUGGAGCCACGGUCCUCACCUCAGAGGAGCUGUCCACCAGCGGACCACAAGCAUGGCUGAAGAAAGAUCAGUUCCUCAGGGCAGCUCCAGUGUCCGGGGGGGUCGGGGAGUUCCUCAUGAGAAAGAUGGGCUGGAGGACAGGAGAGGGUCUCGGGAGGAACCGUGAGGGGACCGUGGAACCGAUCAUCAUUGACUUCAAGGUCGACCGCAAAGGACUGGUGGCUGAAGGAGAGAAGCCCCAGAAGCAGACGGGGGGGCUCGUGGUCACCAAGGAUCUGAUGGGGAAGCACCCGGUGUCCGCUCUCAUCGAGCUGUGUAACAAGACGCGAGUGAUGCAGCCGGACUUUGUGAUGGUCCAUCACAGCGGGCCGGACCACCGCAAGAACUUCCUGUUCAAGGUCACAGUGAAUGGAGUGGACUACCAGCCUCAGACUGCCAGUCCCAACAAGAAACACGCCAAGGCCAUGGCAGCUACCGUCGCUCUGCAGGCUCUGGGAGAGGUUCCUGUUGACGGACCAGGACUCUACACGGGCCCCGUCUUCACUGCUGCCUCCACCGGCCCCCUGUUCUCCACAUAGACACACAGAGGAGUUAUUCUCUCUUCAGUUGUGGGACAGAAAGUGUUUUUUAAAUCACACUUCAACCCGGUCCAUCAUCUCCUCACUCGUGACUUAUUUAUACAGUAUUCUAAUUCCUACAGUAUUGCUCUCAGCCCAGGACACUUGAGAACUGGCUUCAGAGUAGAUUUCUACAAAAUGUACAUUUCAUCAUCAGGUUCUUCACUGACAGGAGUGCUAAUGUGUAUAUGAGGAGUUUCCAUUAAUUAAAGUGGAGGCAUGUAUCUAUGUAAGUAUGUAUGAUAACAUGUAUGAUACAGUAGCAUAUCAACUGACUGAUACCUGAGUCUAGCUAAGCUGGGCUGUUUCUCUGUUACAGACUGUAUUUAUCUGUGGCCUCCUAACAACAUGUUUGUCUUACCAGAGGCUUUAACAUUUUAUGGAACUAACCUCUAAAGCAGAAUAAAGAUUAUAUUUAUGUAAUGUAGUGGAGGAAGCCACAUCGUGCUUUUUCAUGUAUUGAAUGUCAUUUAAGCUUUUGAGUGUCACCAAAGCCCCCCCCCCCCCCCACCAUAUAUGAGACAGUGACAGGUGCUGACUAAUGUUCUGCUCUUCAGUUGGAUUAAAAGACAUGGUUUUCCCAGGAAGCAUGGAUAAAGAAUUAGUGAAGAUGUUCCCCACAGACCAUGUGACCAACCCACAGGAGUCUUAUGACCUUGAACUCAUCUCUCCAUGUUCCCCCUGCAAACACUGCCAGUGAUACUGCUGCUGAACACUAUUCUCCCUGCUCCCCCAGCAUUUACUCUGACAAAUCGGGUCAGUUCAGACAUUUACAGUAUAAUGUUGUACAACUUGCAGUAAGAAGAUUUGUUUUAUAUUCUAAGCGCUCAUGAACAAGUGUACCUCACCAAGGUCUAGUGAAGAUCCUCUGUAAAGGUCCUGUGUGGAGGAUUUACAGGGAUCUACUAGCAGAAAUACAAUUCCUUUUUCAUUCAGUUUGCUGGGGAUCAGUAUCUUGCACAGGGACAUGUUGACUCUGAUUAGUAGUAUUUAUCAUUUAUAAUAUUAUCUUAAACCUUAAUAUAUGUAUAUAAUUAGCUGACCUUUCCCCCCGAGUCCACUGAGGAACCGACAGGAUCCUGAGGGCCACUGUAGUUAAUCUUCUGUCCUGAAAGGGAGGGGGACAGGGCAGGAUAUUUUGUUGAGUGUUGCUGCUUCAGUGUGCAGGUCACAGAACGAGAUGCAUUGUGGGACCUGUAGUUUAUGGGAACCAUGCAGGAUUUAACAUGAACUUAUUGUAUUUUGCCAGCUCCCUCAGGCCACAUGAAAUCAGGUGUAUGUUUGACACCCUUGCUCUGAACACUACAAAUGAUUUUGUCCUUAUUGUCAACAAAUCCCAUGACAAAGACCAAAGCCAACAGAAAACUGAGCCUAAUAACAAUUAUUGAGUGAACAUCUAAAGCCGGAGUGGAGCUCACGGAGUCAUGUCCCAUUACAUAAUGGCUAUUAUUAUAUUACGUUGUUAAUGACAGUGUUUGUAAGAUGCAGAUUUUACCUUUUAGUCCCUCAAUACAGAGUCUUAAGAUUUGUACGCUCAAUUAGCAAAAGUGCAAGGGCGCUUUUCUGAUAUUGUUGAUUGUAAUACGGUACCUGACAAAACUUUUCAUAUGAAUAAAGAUUUCAUGCAA